GACGGCUGCGGGACCAGCACGCCAGGGGACCAGCACGCCAGGGACCAGCAGACCCAGCCUGCAUGGUCCGGAGAACAGAAGGAGGAAGAAGAAGAAGAAGAAGGAAGAACUCCCGGCCUUCUCAACUUCUCGCUGCAAGGUCACAUCCUCCCGGCUCUCUCGCCGCCUCCUUCCCUCGGGCUGUUUAACUGGCCGCCUGCGGCCGCCCCGGGGGUGAAUCUGUCCUAUUUAAGGAUAGCAGACUCUCAUAUUUCUGUUAUCCAGCUGAAUAAACCCGACUCUGCAAAGUGUUACUCGCUGUGGCUCAGAGGUCGUUUUCUGGCCAUCAAUCUUCUGUCCCUCCCGUCUUCCCCGCAGAGCUUCGCGGGGAACGUCAACUCGGAGGCCGUCGUCCAGCACAAGCUGUCCCACUCGAUCCGAACGCGUUUCCUGCGCUUCGUCCCCCUGGACUGGAACCCCAGCGGGUGGAUGGGCCUGCGGGUGGAGGUGUACGGCUGCUCCUACAAGUCCUACGUGGCCGACUUCGACGGCAGAAGCUCCCUGCUGUACCGGUUCAACCAGAAGUCCAUGUCCACGGUGAAGGACGUGGUCUCCCUGCGCUUCAAGAGCCACCAGGCCGAGGGCGUCCUGCUGCACGGGGAGGGGCAGCGGGGGGACUACUUCACGCUGGAGCUCCACCGGGGGCGGCUGGACCUCCACCUCAACCUAGACGACGGCAGGCCGGCGCGGCCCAGCGGCGGGCGCGUGGCGGUCAGCGCGGGCAGCCUGCUGGACGACCAGCGCUGGCACUCGGUCCACGUGGAGCGCUUCAACAAGCAGGUCAACCUCACGGUGGACGCCCACACGCAGCACUUCCACGCCAAGGGCGAGGGGCACUCGCUGGAGGUGGACUACGAGCUGAGCUUCGGAGGCAUCCCGCUGCCGGGUAAACCCGGCACCUUUCUGAGGAAGAACUUCCACGGCUGCAUGGAGAACCUCUACUACAACGGGAUCAACAUCAUCGACCUGGCGAAGAGACGCAAGCCACAGAUACACAGCGUGGGCAACGUGACCUUCUCCUGCUCGCCGCCCCAGCUGGUGGCCUGCACCUUCCUGAGCUCCAGCGGCAGCUCGCUGUCACUCCCGUCAGCGGCGCCCGCCACCGGGGACUUCUCCGUCCGCCUGCAGUUCAGGACCUGGAACCCGGACGGGCUGCUGCUCUCCGCCCGGCUGAACCCGGAGCGCCGCGGCCUGGAGCUGAGGAUCAACGGCAGCCGGCUGCAGAUGACCCUCCGCGGCUCCAGGCCGCCAAAGUCGGAGGCUUUCGCUGGUCACCGGGUCAACGACGGCCUCUGGCACUCGGUGAGCGUCGACGCCAGGAACCAACAGCUGACUCUGACUGUGGACGGCGAGCCGCCCGCCGCCAUCGAACUGUGGGAGCAGCUGGAGGCCGAAGGCAACGUCCACUUUGGAGGAUGUCCCACCGAGGACUGUCACCACCUGACUCCGGACUUCCAGGGCUGCGUGCGGCUCAUAGUCAUCAACGGCCACCCGAUGGAUCUCAAUCGCGUUCAGCAGGGGCUGCUGGGAACUUAUAACGAGCUUCAGUUCGACACCUGCAACAUAAGAGACAGAUGCCUCCCCAACCUGUGUGAGCACGGCGGCCGCUGCUCUCAGACCUGGAGCUCCUUCUCCUGCGACUGCUCGGGGACCGGAUACUCCGGAGCCACCUGCCACAACUCCAUCUACGAGUCAUCUUGUGAGGCGUACAAGCUGAUUGGCAGCUCCUCAGGCUUCUACUCCAUUGAUCUGGAUGGGAGUGGUCCCCUGGGGCCCACGCAGGUAUACUGCAACAUGACAGAGGAGAAGGUGUGGACGGUGCUGGCGCACAACGGCACGGCCGCUGUGGCGGUGCGGGGCUCCUCGCCGCAGCGGCCCCACGUCACGCGGCUCGACUACAGCGCCUCGGCCGAGCAGCUGCGGGCGGUCGUGGCGGGUUCGGAGCAGUGCCAACAGGAAGUGGUUUACAGCUGCAAGAAGUCCCGCCUCUUCAACACAAAAGACGGUAGUCCGCUGACUUGGUGGCUGGACCGGGAGGGAGAGAAGCGGAGCUACUGGGGGGGCUUCCUGCCGGGGGUGCAGCAGUGCUCCUGCGGCCUGGAGGAGAACUGCGUGGACAUGAACUACUUCUGCAACUGUGACGCCGACGGCGACGCAUGGGCCAAUGACACCGGCAUCCUCUCCUACAAGGACCACCUGCCAGUGAGCCAGAUAGUGAUCGGAGACACCAACCGGACCGGCUCGCAGGCCGUCUCCCGCGUGGGCCCGCUGCGUUGCUAUGGAGACAAGUCCCUGUGGAACGCGGCGUCUUUUUACCAGGAGUCGUCGUACCUCUACUUCCCCACGCUGCAGGCCGAGCUGGCCUCGGAUAUCUCCUUCUACUUCAAGACCAGCGCUCCUUCAGGAGUGUUUCUGGAGAACCAGGGCCUCAGGGACUUCAUCAGAGUGGAGCUCAGCGCUCCCUCGGUGGUGACGUUCUCCUUUGACGUGGGAAACGGUCCGGCGGUCCUGACCGUGAAGUCCCACCUCCCCCUGAAUGACAGGCAGUGGCACUACGUGAGGGCAGAGCGCAACGUGAAGGAGGCGUCCCUGCAGGUGGACCAGCUCCCCCUGCGCCUCCUGGAGGCUCCGGCUGACGGACACCUCCGCCUGCGGCUCAGCAGCCAGCUGUUUGUGGGAGGAACGGCGUCCCAGCAGAGAGGCUUCCUGGGCUGCAUCAGGACGCUGACCGUCAACGGGGCCGGCUACGACCUGGAGGAGAGGGCCAGGAUGACGCCGGGGGUGACCUCCGGCUGCCCCGGCUACUGCAGCGGCUCCACCAGCCUCUGCCACAACCGAGGGAGGUGCAUCGAGAAGAGCAACGGCUACGUGUGCGACUGCUCCCAGUCGGCCUACGGGGGGACCACCUGUAACCAAGAGGUGUCGGUGUCCUUCGACAUGGAGUCCUCGGUGACCUACACCUUCCAGGAGCCCUUCUCGGUGAUGCAGAACCGACGCUCGCAGGCCUCCAGCGUCUCUGCCGAAAGCGGCAGCAGGGCCAGAGAGGACACAGCCUUCAGCUUCGUCACCUCCCAGAGGCCGGCCAUGCUGCUCACCGUCAGCACCUUCAGCCAGCAGCACAUCGCCGUCAUCCUGGCCCGGAACGGGAGUCUGCAGAUCUGGUAUCACCUGCAGACCGACAGGAGUCCAGACGUGUUCAGCCCGUCCCUCACCAACCUGGCGGACGGACGACUCCAUCUCCGAAUCCACCGAGUGGCAAGGAACCUCUACGUACAG